CUGACCGCUCCUCGCGCUGCACACAGCUCGUGCAGCACACCUGGAGAAAACUGAUCUGUAUCUAAAUGAUGGCGGGUGUCACGUGGAUCCUGACCGUUCUGUGUGCUGUGGGAUGUCACCUGUCUUCAGCCUCACCUGUUCACAGCUCCACCCGGGUGGUGCAGGUGGGCCACGACGUCUCUCUGCCCUGCAACGUGACGCCCAGCGAUGAGAUCACCUGGUACCUGCUGCGCUCAGAGCAGCUGCUGCCUCUGUUAACUGUUAAAGAGGGGAGGAUUGGUAACACCACUGACCAUCACCUAAACAGCCACCAUCGCAUGAACUGUGACGGGACGCUGCAGACCGGCCUGGUCAGCCUGGAGAUCCAGGAGGUGGAGGAGGAGGAUGCUGGGCUGUACUUCUGCAUCGGGAGGUUUGCACAUGAGAUGCACGUUAACAGAGGAAUUCAGCUGACUGUGGACGGUGCCGGGCGGUCGUCCACAGACCGGAUGAGGCAGCCGUGUUUGAGUCUGGGGCUCUGCCUUCUCCCGGCGCUGCUCGCCCUCUGCUUCGUCUGCGUGGCUGGAUGCUACCUGUGGUCAGGUAAACCGUCUGUUUGCUCCUGCUGUAACCCACGGAGACAGGACGCCGAUCACCGGGUCACAGAGGAAGAGUCUUUGCAUUAUUCCAGCCUGAAGCAUCCAGACAAGCCCCGCCCCACCACCAGGAGAGGAACCGGAUUGGCUGAAGAGAAGGUCCUGUACUCAACAGUGAACAUGUGCAAGAACUCAAAGGCAUCACAUGACCACAGAUAGAAGCACUUUAAAUGAGCGU